AUGCUGCAAUCGAUUUGUCAUCGGCCUAAUCCCAAAAUUGCCGAAUGCUCGGGAAAGGCCUUUUCUAAUCCCCGGCCGCAUCUUACGAUUUUCCAUAUUUUGCACAACCUGAAAAGCCUGAAAAUAAGGGAAUUUUCAGAUGGCUCGAAAAAGAAGUGCUCUUACAAAAGAGCAAGAGCAGGAAAGUCGGGAGUCCCAAAGACGAAAAUUUGUCGCGUGCGUAUUCCACCAGAUACACUGAAGCCACCGAGCACUGACGUACGAUAUCAACAGCUGUCAAAGAUGCCACUCGCAUAA